AUGCUGAUUCGGUACUUGGUAAGUUUUAUUUGGAAUUUUACGUGAAAUCCUUCUUCUUUCUAGGUUACCGCGAUACUGUUUGGCGCAGCCUCGUCCAUAGAUCUGGGUAAAAUUCAAAAAAAGUGAUGAAUUUUUCAAAUAUUCAAAAAUUUUCAGAUUGUAUCACUUGUGAUAUGAUCGAAUGCGGAAAGGGUUUCAAAUGCGUCACAGUCAAAGGAGCUCCAGAAUGUCAUGCGGGUACGAAUUGCAAGAAAAAAUCUGAAAAAAGUCAAAUUUAUUCAGUGGAAGGCGGCUCCCCUGGAGGUCAUCAUCCUGGAAAUCCAGGUUUGCUGAUGAAACAUUUUCAAUGCCUGUCUCAUUUUUCUUGAUAUGAAACUCAAGAUUCUUAUACGGAAUCAAGACGUUGUCUUCUCCUAUUUUCCUAAAAAAAAAGGUAUUUGAUGUAUGUUCUUGCAGGAGGAGGAAAACCACACGAUGGCCACCAUCCAGGCUCACAUGGUUUGUCUCAGAACGAAAAUUAUAGUCUGUUCAGAUUUCGAAUGAAAAGUCAUCGCUCAAGCUCCACCCCUAAUGGUGCGAUAAACCAAUCAGAGAGCGAGCCAUCCACAGAGUGUUUUCGAAUGACGUCAUUGCACUUCACAUUGAAAAUCUGAACAGACUAUAGUGAUAUGUUCCAAAGUAAGAUAAGAGCAAAUGGGUAAUUUUGCCACGAUAUUUAAGGAAAAAAGGUUUUUACGAGAGCCCAAAACGCUCGUAUUAUUACUGAUUGGGAGACUAUGUCUCUUUGGCAUGUUUCCAACAUUAUUCUUUUUCAAAAAAAACUUUCUAACCAAGGGUGCCAACCAAUUUGAGCGGCAUAUCUCAUUGGUUGUUUUGAACCAGAAAAUCAGUGAAAACAGGAAAGGAAACAUCUUUUUAAGAAGUUAUAGAACUUUCUGAAAAAUAACAACUAUACUUCUCAUAGUUUUUUCUGAGGAAAAGUAUUUGAUUAAUUUUUUUGCAGGAGGAGGAAAAACCUCACCAUGGAAAAACCUCACCAUCCACAUGGUUUGUCGUCAAAUAUUCUUUAUAUUUUCUUCUAAACCAACCUUAAUUUAGUUUUUAUGCAUCUCGAAAUCUUAAAACUUCAAAACCCAUAAACUUUGGAUGAUUCAAUAGAUUGUGGAAGUUCACUAUAAUACAAGCAAAAAUUCAACAAGAAUCUCUUUUUUUCAGGCCCACGCUUGA